GCAGGUAGUGACAGAAAAAGUAGGUGGCAGGAAAGAAAAGGGGGAAAAGACAAAAAGGGGACGUACCAUCAGUGAGAGGGAACGGGUAGAGCAGGCUGGUCUGUUUACAGUCCUGAGGACGUCUCUGUCUCUGCCUUCAUUCAUUAGGAAGCCUGUGUCUGUCGAGAGCAGCGAGUCCUGACUGAGCCGCUGAGGACGAACCAGUGAAGGAAAACCAUGGCCGUGAACAAAUGCAUCAAGUACCUGCUCUUCUUCUUCAACCUUCUUUUCUGGCUGAGUGGUUGCAUCAUCCUGGGCGUGUCCAUCUACCUGAAAGUCAGCAAGGAUGGAAACCUGAUCACCAAUGAAUCUCUUCCUGGCAUCGACCUGAUGAUCGCCAUCGGAGUGAUCAUCAUGGUGCUCGGGUUCCUCGGCUGCUGCGGAGCCAUCAGAGAGAACCGCUGCAUGCUGCUGCUGUUCUUCAUCACCCUCCUCCUCAUCUUCAUCCUCCUGCUGGCGGCGGGCAUCCUGGGAGCUGUGGGCGAGACAAAGGUGAAGGACUGGGUGAAGCAGCGUCUGGAAAAACUCACCCCGCUGUCAAACCAACCCCAGAAUGUGAGGGACGACCUGGAGAAGCUGCAGCGGGAGCUGAAGUGUUGUGGUCUCCUGAAGGGACCAGCAGACUGGGAGAAGGUCCCUGACUCCUGUCGCUGCAACGCCACCGACCCGGAAUGCAAGUCCGCCGGCACCUACCAGGAGCCCUGCGCCGAUAGAAUCAUCAGCCUGAUGGAGAAGCACAUGGAGGUGGUGCUGGGAAUCGCCUUCGCCAUCGCCAUCCUGCUGAUUUUCGGCAUGGUCUUCUCCAUGAUUCUCUACUGUCAGAUCGGCAGGAAGGAGUCUGCCACUAACACGGCUAACGCCUGAACCCCCCCACCCCUCGCUGCCUCGCAACAGCCAAUCAGCAGUGCCCAAAUGACCCGUGCGACAUCUACCUGCUCUCAGUGCUACUCUAAUUUAACCUGUGCUUUUAUUGUGAAGGAACACGCUGAUAUUUGUUGUGGUUAAUGCAGCCUGAGAUGUUUCUGUGCUGAGAUGUGACAAACUAAUGAUUAAAAAAAAAAAAAAAAUUAAAUGAGAUUUAAACGAACCAAUUAAAGAGAAACAUGAGAGAAAAAUCUAGUUUUGAUUUUCUGACUCAGAUCAGUUAAAGCUUUGAUUUCCCACAGUAUCAGUGUUCCUUUAACUCUGCAGAGAAACGCUCAUCACUCACCUUGUGGACAUGUCCAACAGGAAGUCUUCCACGUUUCUGUUCACACUUGGCCUCAAAAAACAAAACUCAGACAAAUGGCUGAAAAAACAAAACACAAAUGGUCAAACUGUCUUGAUCAUAUUUUCUAUGGAAGCCCAGAAAGAAUUGAGGUUGCAUUUAAUAAAAAAUAUAAAAUUCAAUUAGUUUCUCAUUAGAAGGAACUUAUCAUUUACACAUAAGUAAAAAUCCAGACUCAUCUUUAUAUGUGAUUUGAAUUUAUUAGAAUCAUAGUGUUGUGAUUCCUCUGAGAGCUGAACUGUCAUUUCUGCCUUUAUUUUAUUUUAUUUUGGGAGGAAUGGGCUUUCAUAGAUUUAUGUCUGAGCGCAUAUUCUGAUAAAACUGCUGCCAUUUGUUUUUUUUAUUAUUAUUUCAAAAUAAUCCUCAGGAAGUUUAAGUGCUGCUUCUGUGCUGCUGUAAAUUAAUAAACCUUUCAGAAAUAAAAGCUAUGGUAACAAUACUGCUGCACACAUUUAAUAUUUUAAAACCACAUUGUUACAGAAUAUCACUCAUUAACCUUUGAUUUUUAUUAUAUUUACUUUGUGGUUAAAAUCUUGUGAAGCUGAACUUGAUUUUCUUAGUCUCAUCUCUUUUCACUCUGAAUCUUGUUGCAUUGUUUUUCUGUUUUUUUAAGGAUUAUUUUAUUUUUGUGUGUUUUUAAUCACCUGUCUGGAUUAACUGUGGAACAUCGAGUGUCAUAAUGUGUGAGAGGAUCUCCAACAUUUGCUCAGCUUUUAUUUCUCGGUCUGCUCCCAGCACGGGAAUAAAACUAGGAAAGAUUAUGAUUGAAAUAAAAUCCCAAUGAGCAUCUCUGAAUUAUUAGUAAGUAAAUGUAAAGUCAUUUUAAGUUGCUGAGUCAUGAUUACGUGAUGCUUAACAAUUUGUAUUUUCUUGCAAGAAGAGGCUUCCAGAAAGUAUGUGAAGUAAAAAUAAAAUACAUAUGAAAAGG